CUACCACAUGGCUGGCUUGAAGGGCCGUUAUUACCCAGUCUGGCAAUGUAAAAGAAGUCAGGUUUCUCCGUUGUAGUCCGUCCGCCGUAGGCUUUGGUGGGAUAUUAUCUCCGUGCGCCAUAAGCUGGGCGCCGAUGUGGAGAAGGAAUGGAUCUAAAUGAGUCACUGAGAUAGUAUGGAGAUAAUCAUUUCGAAUCAGAUAAUCUAUAUCACGUUAUUAGUAGAAAACAAUGUAGGCUUAUGUGUAGAAAGAGGUCUUGCGACAUCGAUCCAAGUAGGACGAAGAUAAGGACUGGGAAAAGAAGAGGGCUUGGAGUGAGGGGAAAUGGAGAAACGGAGAAGCUCCGUUGGUUUCACCUUCAUGACACAACAGAAGAAAGACUCCAUCGAGGAAACAUCACCAGAAAGAAAUAAGACGAUGGAGCCAUCCAUGGGCGGCAUACGACGUGAGCCAAAUCGAGAGCCAUGGCUUCCUUCAACCGCCCAGCCAGCGUCACAUCGUCUCGUGCCGAUGGUCGCAUCUCCAUCCAUCCCCAACGGCGGCUCUGGAGCUGUGCUGUUCUCCUCUUCUUCCUCUCCAUCUCUUGCUUGAUUCUUCUUCUUUGACGACCACGGCUAUUAAUAUUUAUUAUUUACUUUUUUCCUUUUUC